ACUGAGGCUUUGGCGUCGGCGACUACGCUGUGAAGCUGAGGAUUCCGACGGCACGUGAACGCGGCCGCGGCCCGUGGCUCUCCCGGCUCAGCCCUCCUCGCUGUCUGUAUCGAUGAAGUUGUUUCAAAGAUGGCGGAUUUCCUGCCGUCCCGCUCCGUUUUAACGGCAUGUUUCCCCAACUGUCUCCUCACGAGCGGCGAGGCGGAGCAGUUGAGGAAAUCCAAAGAGAUAGAUAAGUGUAUCCACCGAGAUAAGACGUUUGUGAAGAGGUUAGUGAAGAUCUUAUUACUCGGGGCGGGCGAGAGCGGCAAGUCCACUUUCCUCAAGCAGAUGCGCAUUAUCCACGGGCAGGACUUCGAUCAGAAGGCCAAGGAGGACUUCAGAGCCACCAUAUUUAGUAACGUUAUCAAAGGGAUCCGAGUGUUGGUGGACGCCCGAGAGAAGCUGCACAUCCCCUGGGGCCACCAGUCCAACCAGCGGCACGGGGCCUCCCUGAUGGCGCUGGACACGCGCUCGCUGAUGGCCCGGGGCCACGGCAUGGUGGAGCCCAAGGUGUUCCAGCACUACCUGCCCUCCAUCCGGGCCCUGUGGGCCGACACGGGCAUCCAGCACGCCUACGACCGGCGCCGAGAGUUCCAGCUGGGCGAGUCAGUCAAGUAUUUCCUGGACCAUUUGGAGAAGCUCGGCCACUCGGACUACCUCCCCAGCCAGCAGGACAUCCUCCUGGCCAGGAAGCCGACGAAGGGGGUCCACGAGUACGACUUUGAGAUCAAGAACGUUCCCUUCAAGAUGGUGGACGUGGGCGGCCAGCGGUCCGAGCGGCGCCGCUGGUUCGAGUGCUUCGACUCGGUCACGUCGAUCCUCUUCCUCGUCUCGUCCUCCGAGUACGACCAGGUGCUGAUGGAGGACCGGCGGACCAACCGGCUCAGCGAGUCGCUCAACAUCUUCGAGACCAUCGUGAACAACCGUGUGUUCGGGGGCGUGUCCAUCAUCCUGUUCCUCAACAAGACGGACCUGCUGGAGGACAAGGUGAAGCGCGUCUCCGUCAGAGACUACUUCCCCGAGUUCGCGGGCGAGCCGGCGAGCCUCGCCGACGUGCAGCGCUUCCUGGUGGAGUGCUUCCGCAAGAAGCGGCGGGAGCAGCAGCAGAAGCCGCUGUACCACCACUUCACCACGGCCAUCAACACGGACAACAUCCGGCUGGUGUUCCGCGACGUGAAGGACACCAUCCUGCACGACAACCUCAAGCAGCUGAUGCUGCAGUAACCCCCCCUGAGCAUGCUCACUGUGACUAACUGUGGCUCUGAGCCACUGUACAUGACCUCUAGCCCCGCCCACGGCCUCCGUGUCCUCGCUGUGAUUGGCUCUCAUCCACGUCCGUGUAAUCUAUGCUGCUCUGGCCACUAGGGAAGGGGGAGGGGCUUGUUUUAAACGAGUGACACCGUCAGUUGCCUUUUCCUUUCAGAACUCCAGAAGGCUGCAGCUCAGUGGGGUCAGGGGGUCGUCCUGCAACCCCAAGGUCGUCGGUUCGAUCCCCGCUCUCCUCAUUAGUUGCCAGUCGAAGUGCCCGUGAGCAAGGCACUGAAGCCCCAGCCGCUCCCAAUGACAACAGAUUGAAUCCAAUCCAGAACUCGUCCGUUGGCUCUCUGGCGCUGAGUGAUGACAUCACUGUGGGGGUGGAGCUAACGCAGAGAGAGAGAGAGAGAUGUUCCAAAGUCCUCUUAAUUCUAGUUUUCUAAUCACUUUGUUUCUUUUCUAACAGAUUAAUUUACUUUAUGUACCUUUAUGUUCCUUUAACUUAUAUUUUAUAGAGGUUUACACUCUGUGGGUUUGGACCGCUCCAUCGAACUGGAUCCGUAGACCACUGCCUUGACCCGCCUUGAUCCAUCAUGACCCAUCAUGACCCACUAUGACCCACUAUGACUCAUCAUGACCCACUAUGACCCAUCAGCACCCACUAUGACCCAUCAUGACCCACUAUGACUCAUCAUGACCCAUCAGUACCCACUAUGACCCACUAUUACCCAUCAGUACCCACUAUGACUCAUCAUGACCCACUAUGACCCAUCAUGACCCACUAUGACUCAUCAUGACCCACUAUGACCCAUCAAUUCAAUUCAAUUCAGUUUAUUUGUAUAGCCCAAUUUCACAAAUUACAAAUUUGUCUCGGAGUGCUUUACAAUCUGUACACAUAGACAUCCCUGCCCCAAAACCUCACAUCAGACCAGGAAAAACUCCCAAAUAACCCUUCAGGGGGAAAAAAAGGGAAGAAACCUGGAGGAGAGCAACAGAGGAGGAUCCCUCUCCAGGAUGGACAGAUGCAAUAGAUGUAAUGUGUACAGAAGGACAGAUUUAGAGUUAAAAUACAUUCAAUGAAUAUGACAGAGUGUAUGAAUAGUUCAUAGUAGGCAUAUUCCACGAUGGAGACCUCCACGAUCCAUCAGGCAGAUGGAGGUAGAGAGGAGGAGUGGGCGGAGGUUUACACUCUGUGGGUUUGGACCGCUCCAUCGAACUGGAUCCGUAGACCACUGCCUUGACCCGCCUUGAUCCAUCAUGACCCAUCAUGACCCACUAUGACCCAUCAGCACCCACUAUGACCCAUCAUGACCCACUAUGACUCAUCAUGACCCACUAUGACCCAUCAGUACCCAUCAGGACCCACUAUUACCCAUCAGUACCCACUAUGAUCCAUCAUGACCCACUAGGACCCAUCAUGACCCACUAUGACCCAUCAUGACUGACUCAUCAUGACCCACUAUGACUCAUCAUGACCCACUAUGACUCAUCAUGACCCACUAUGACCCAUCAUGACCCGCUAUGACCCAUCAUGACCCACUAUGACUCAUCAUGACCCACUAUGACCCAUCAGUACCCACUAUGACACAUCAUGACCCAUCAGUACCCACUAUGACCCACUAUUACCCAUCAGUACCCACUAUGACCCAUCAUGACCCACUAUGACCAUCAUGACCCACUAUGACCCAUCAGUACCCACUAUAACCCAUCAUGACCCACUAUGACCCAUCAUGCCCCACUAUGACCAUCAUGCCCCACUAUGACCCAUCAUACCCCACUAUGACCCAUCAUGACCCACUAUGACCCACUAUGACCAUCAUGACCCACUAUGACCCAUCAUGCCCCACUAUGACCCACUAUGACCAUCAUGACCCACUAUGACCCAUCAGUACCCACUAUGACCCAUCAUGACCCACUAUGACCAUCAUGCCCCACUAUGACCCAUCAUGCCCCACUAUGACCAUCAUGACCCACUAUGACCCAUCAUGCCCCACUAUGACCCAUCAUGCCCCACUAUGACCAUUAUGACCCGCUAUGACCCAUCAUGCCCCACUAUGACCCACUAUGACCCAUCAUGACCCGCUAUGACCCACCAUGCCCCACUAUGACCCAUCAUGACCCAUCAUGACCCACCAGGCCAUGAGGCCGGUGCUGGUUGGUCUGUUGCUCAUAAUGGAACUCACUCCUCCACCAGAACUCCUCCUCAAUCCGGUCCGAGGCCCGUUCUGUCUCACAAGUAGAACCUCGGCCUUCAUCAACAUAUUGUACCACCAGGGUCUGCCCGACCUGCUGCGACCUCGUGCCUGGUCCCGACAUGCGGUCUGGACCCAGAGUCCUGAUCCGAACAUUAACUGUUACCGUUGGUGUUCCUCCACUGUGUUAGUGUCUCAGCCCCGGGUCCACUGGACCUGAAACACAGACAGCCCACUGCCAUGAGGGUCCUACAGGGGGAACCGGGUCCAUGAGGGUCCUACAGGGGGAACCGGGUCCAUGAGGGGACUAGAGUCCAGAUGCCCCGGGUCCACCAGGUUUUAUUAAACCUGUUUUUAUUGUUUUAUCUUGUGGGUUCAACACAAAAGCAGAAAGUCGUCCAUGAAGAGUUCCCGUCACUCGGUCAGGGGUGUAAACAACAACAACAACAACAACAGCAGCAGCAGCAGUGAGCGUGUUGUGUGACACGGCCGCCUGUCAUUCUGCUCGUCACCUGGAGGGUUCUCCUGAGCGAGGAAGAGGUGAAGGUGCUUCCUCUUCCUCGCUCACGCAGCCAGCCGUCAUGCUUCUGCUUCCUCUCACACACACACACACACACACACACAGAUACAUACACAGACACACACACUCAGUGGAGGUGUCACAUUCCAAGGCUCCGCCUGAGAACAGGUUUCAUUGUCUUCACUCGAGUCCUUGAACGCAUCGUUGUGCGUUCCCUGUGUGUCUCUAUGGUUGUGAUGUCAUUGCUCCUGGCAGCUCAUCACCAUAGCGACCCCCCCUCCCCCCCUACACUGGAUGUUUCAGCUCUUUGUUCUUCUGUCUGUUUCAUCUGUGACCUUCAGUAUUGACCUCACUCCUCUUCAUGUGUCUGGUUCUGAUGGCGUGAUACCUGGACCUCCAGGAGGUGUGUUAGUCGAACAGGACUAAAGUGUUGCAUCAGGUCUCCGUGUGAGGGUCCUGGUCCUGGUUCUGUGUGUGAGGGUCCUGGUCCUGGUUCUGUGUGUGAGGGUCCAGGUCCUGGUUCUGUGUGUGAGGGUCCUGGUUCUGUGGACAUGUCUGGCCCUCGUCGCGUUGCAUUUAAAACCUGCUGAUGAAGUCUAAGAACACGAAUGUUCAGCUGCUUCUGACGCCUCCGGACUCCUGUGGUUCUGGUCCUGUGGUCCUGGACCUCUGAAGCCGAGCUGUCUGUCCCGGUGUCUUCUCACACGUCUAGAUCCAAUAACCCGAAUGUCUUGUCUCGUGUCCGGGGUCAUGUGACGCUCCGUGCCUCCUCCUCCGAUCAGGUUUUAUAAGGUGAUCCAGGUGGAUCCUCGUCCCAUCUCUUCUCUGCUCCUGUACAGUCUAACUUAUCUGACCUAAUCAAACCUGAAUAAAGUGGGUUUUUUAAAGCA